UCACGAAGUGUGUCGUGUCACGAAGGGUACGCUACCCGGUUGACUCAUGACAUUUUACACACGGACUUAACACAUUUAACCGUAAACAGUAAACUGUAAAAAUCAUUAAAGUAGGACAAUUUAGAUUAUAACGAAACACACAUUUAACCUUAGAAAUUAGAUUGUAAAAAUUAGACUCUACUUUCUCAAAAAGCACAGUACGUUUGACUCUAGCUGUUCCAUGAAGUAGUGGAUGCACGCACUGUAGCAGCCCAUUAAGCUAUCUGCAAGAUGUAUCGCAUAUGGAUUUUAAUGUGUGCUUUGAUCUUUCUUGAAGUAUCUGCUGACUUGAAGACAUUUUGCAAAGAACAAGAGGAAGUCUUUAAUGGCUGCUCAUCUAGCAUUGAACAGGUGUAUUUGGCAUCAGGUGAUGAUAUAGAGCAUCUCUGCAGUGGACUGUCCAGCUACCUCAACUGUUUCCAAGACACAAAAAUCACCUGCCCGAAACUCCCACGAUUUGGAGACGAUAUUUUUCUAGAAGCAGUGGACAACACACGGGUGGUCUUCAACAAAUAUUGCUCAGACUUGAAGGGAUUGAAUUUAAACACGAAUUGUUCGACAGAAGUUGUCGCCCGUCUAGUUCGCCAUUGUUUGAGUUUUAUUAACCUGGUGCAGUCAGAGACACCCAGGGACAAGAUGUGUCAACUGAACAGCAAGUAUUUGAAAUGUCUGCAGGGAGCCACUAAAGUCUGCCAACAAAACAACAAGGAGUUCUUGAACCACAACAUUCCACAGGUCAUGUACAACACAGAGAUGGUCAUUAAAACGCUUUGUGAGGACAUGCAGGGCGACGACCCCCGCGCCACGGCAGGUAAACCUGCAGAAAAACCUGUCAACCCUCGGGCCUGCACUGACCUAAAGGUCCAGUCUCAGGUCAACAAAUGCAAUGCCCACUUAGAGCAGCCGCCGGAAGUCGCUGCUGUCUCAGGAUGCAGAUCACAAAAGCUGUAUCUGCAAUGUAUGGCCAAAGUCCAGAAGAACUGCCCAAGUGCUAAAGCCAAAUACACGAAGGCUACCAGUGAUGCCAAGAAAACGUUUGACAAAUUAUGCAUCUCCCUGAAGUGCCCAGCUACUGUAGAGGAUGGUCAGGACGAUGUCGUCAGCUUCUGUCUGAAGGACCUUGAAGCUAUUGAGGACCUGCCUGACCAAUCUACCUACUGCAGGAAGCUGAGUGACGUCAGGAAAUGUAUGACGUCAACACAGUCCAAGUGUUCAACACUGUCUGACGGUCAACGAGUGGACGAGGCUUUGGUCAUGCUAACCUCUGUCUUUAAAAACAACUGUAGAUAAACUGACCACUGGUCACAAUUGAAUAAUACUCUUUAAAAAACAAAUUGUUUUAGUUUCACAUUUCGUAGUAAAACAAAAACAAAAGAAAGAAGAUAAUAGAUGAAAGAAGUGUUGCAAGCUAUUAUUCAAUAUCUUUGUGAAUUAAAGAAUAA